AUGUCGUCAACGGAACGACGCAUCAAGGGCCUCAAGACGCGUUUGAAGAGCCUACUAACCUCGUUCAAUCUCAUCAAGACCUUCGUGGAAGACUACCAGGAAGAGCGGGAUUCUCGUCAGGUCUCGGUACGUCUUGAGCACCUAUUGACCCUCUGGAGGGACGUCAACGCAACGCAGGCGGAACUUGAGACGCUGGACGACGAGGGUUUGGACCAAUAUCUGAAGGUCCGCAAUGACUUCGAGACCAGCUACUUCCACGUAAAAGGCUUCCUACUGUCCGUUAACAAGUCUGCUGAACCCGCCUCACCAUCUGCCUCUCGCUCACCCGCUCAAAACCCGCCAACUUCGUCCUCGGUACGACUACCCGACGUGAAGCUGCCCGUGUUCUCCGGUCACCUCGAUAGCUGGCUUAACUUUCACGAUCUGUUCGUUUCUCUCGUCCACUCGUCCCAUGAGCUCUCCAAUAUUCAAAAAUUUUACUAUCUGCGGUCUUCCCUUUCCGGAGAUGCCCUCAAGCUGAUCCAGACUAUCACAAUCAGUGCCAACAACUACCAGGUUGCGUGGAACUUGCUAGUAGACCACUACCAGAACCCCGUUCUGUUGAAGCAGUCUUACGUAGACUCACUUUUCGAAUUUCCUUCACUCAAAAGGGAAUCUGCUUCGGAGUUACACUCUCUGGUUGAAAAGUUCGAGGCGAACGUCCGAGUACUCAAACAGUUAGGGGAGAAGACGGAGUUCUGGGACAUACUCCUAAUCCGAAUGCUGAGUAGCAGAUUGGAUCCGACAACCAGACGUGACUGGGAGGAGCACUCGUCGACUAAGGCCAACGUUGCGUUCAACGAUCUGACGUCCUUCAUACAGCGUAGAGUCACCGUACUGCAGACGAUCAACAAGCCAAUCGAAGUUCUGUCCCAGAGUGCCCCCAAGAAGCCCGCUCCUCGCUCCGUCGCCAGCCACGGGGCCAGUCAGCCCAACUAUCGCAAGUGUCUCGUCUGCUCUGACCAUCAUCCCUUGUACCUCUGCGCCGUUUUCUCAAAGAUGACCAUCGAAGACAAGGAGAAGGAUGUCCGACGCCACCAACUGUGUCGCAAUUGCCUCCGUAAAGGCCACCAAGCUCGUGAAUGCCCCUCGUCCAGUACCUGUCGCAAAUGCAGAAGCCGUCAUCAUACUCUACUUUGUCCCGGAGAAGCCCUUCCAGUGUCUGCGAACUCCAGAACCUCGGAAGCUGUCUUACCAAAGGCACCCUCUGUUCCCGUCCUACAGGAGCAACCUAGAAACUCUGCCUCUGCCGUAUCGCCCCCCGUUAGUUGCGCUUCUUCCGGUCUGAAACCGAAAAGCGUUCUUCUGGCCACCGCAGUGGUCAUUCUCGUCGAUGACAGUGGAGUCGAGCAUGCCGCAAGGGCCCUCUUAGACUCCGGCAGUGAGUGUUGCUUUAUGACCGAGUCGCUCGCUCAGCAGAUCAAGGCUAAACGCACCAAGAUCAACGUUCCGAUAACCGGCAUCGGACAGUCCUCGACGCACGCCAGGCACAAGCUUCAAUCGACCAUUCGCUCUCGUGUCAGUGGAUAUUCUACCGCCAUUGAGUUCUUGGUACUGCCGAAGGUCACCGUGAACCUACCAUCCACAUCCGUCGAUGUCUCUUCCUGGGAAAUUCCGGACGGAAUCCAACUCGCAGAUCCGUCGUUCCACGAUACGCAACCCGUUCAGCUCGUAUUGGGAGCGGAAAUCUUUUUCGACCUCUUCAAAGUUCCCGGUCGGAUUCAACUCGGUGAGUCGCAACCAAACCUUGUCAACUCCGUCCUCGGAUGGGUUGUAUCUGGAGGAAUUUCAAACUGCCGACCGACAUCUGUCACGGCCAACGUCGCUACAGUCGCCGAUCUCCAUCGCCUCAUGGAGAAGUUCUGGACAAUCGAAGAAACCAACGAGUCUUCCAACUACUCCGUCGAAGAAGCCGCUUGUGAGGCUCACUUCCGUCGUACCGUUUCUCGCUCACCCGAAGGCCGCUACAUUGUUCGACUUCCGUUGAAAUCAGACGUUCUCGCAACACUCGGUGACAAUCGCCGAUCUGCUCUCCGCCGUUUUCAUCUCGUCGAAAAUCGUCUGUCACGCAACCCGGAACUAGGUGGUUAA